GAUAUCUAAUCAUACUCAUGUCAACUGCUACCGGCUAUUAAUAUCUAAGAUAAAAACAAUCGUUGUUGGCUGACAGGGGUUGGGUAACUGAUCAUUUACACAAAAACACCUGAUGACAGUUCCUAAAAAGUACUUUUUUUGGAUUAUGGUGGAUUUUAGUUAAAGUGAAUAUCUGGUUUAAAUAUGGAGUAUUAAAACAUGAAUUAAAAAGAAGAUUACAAAUAAAUUUGAAUAAAUUAACAGUGAAUAUAGGUGCUUAAAAAAUGCCAUCUUACAGUAGCUAUAGCGUGGCCUGCAAUGGUUCAACACUGGAAAUUUUGACACUGGUUUUAAAUUCUACCGGUAAUAACACAGUUACCAUGGAGACAGCGGAUGGUGAUGCACUAUUCACUACUAUGCAUGAUUACCAUGUGACCUUGCGAGAUCUUCUGGUUGCUAUAGUGAUGCUUGUACUUGGAAGCUGGAUUAUUUUAUUAAACUGUCUACUUAUACAUACGCUUGUAAAAUGUCACGCCCAACUUGAGGUGACGGACAUGUUCAUUCAUAGCCUGGCAGUGACAGACACAGCCGUGGGCGUUCUAAUAUUAUACAAUUCUGCAUAUAAUGUCAUAAAUUUUCAAAAUAGAUACGAGUGUUUAGUUAGAUUUGGACUGAUCCAUACAAUGCUGAUGAAUUCAACAGGAUUUAUAUCAUUAUUAACAAUAAAUAGGUAUAUUAAAAUAACUAGACCCUUUCAAUACACAAAUAUUUUUAAAAAGUGGCGGAUAGUUUUAUUUUCUGCAAGUAUUUGGUGUAUUUCACUUGGAGUUGGUUUAACGCCUCUAGCAGGCUGGAAUAAAGAAUAUGUGCCUACAAAACUAGACGAAAGUCACACUGCGUGUCGAUAUUUUGGAAUUAUGCAACCUGGAUAUAUAUUACUUAAUGUGUCAUUAUACUGGAUUCCACUGAUAUUAAUGAUUGUAAUGUAUUCACAUGUAGCGAAAAUAACGUGCCAUCAUUCAAGGAUGAUAACCGCUCAGGAACAAGUUAUGUCAGGAAAGGUUGUAAAGAUAUUCGAGAGUCGAUCAUGGCGACUCACAAAAACAAUCCUCAUUGUCAUUGGAGUUUAUUUCUUCUGCUGGCUGCCAACAGGAGUAUACUUCAUGGUUCAAGUAUCCGGUUCCAUAGAUUAUCUUAACUACACUAAGCAAGGAAACAUCCUCACAUACACAACAGCAGUCGGAUUCCUCAACAGCCUCAUGAACCCAAUCAUCUAUGCUACAAAGAUACCGUGUGUCAAACAACGCUUCACGAAAGUGUUUUGUUGUAAACAACAGAGAAGGCAAUCAUUGCACACCGUUGUUUUUAGUACUGAAAAUAUGAUAUCAUUAGGAAGAAGAAAUAAGACAGCUUUAGAUCUGAAACAUAUAUAACAUAAGCCUAAUGUUGAGUUUAAUCCAAAGUAUUCCUUUUUUUAAAACUGGGAUAUAUAAUGUGGAUUGCUAGACGUUCUUUAAGACUAACAUCAACACCCUUGGCAAAAUACUUGUAGAAAUAACAAGAAUUAAACCAAAGCAGUGUACAUAAAAAAGUGACACCUGUCAAGCUAUCAGUCUUGCAGACUGGUGGUGUAAAAUCAAGGAACUUUGUAUAACAGUAAUGAAGCAACAUCAAUCUACCUGAGAUCUGAUGGGUGACAAGUUGCCAGAGUUAUAUGAAGGAUGCUGUAACACACUGCCCCAGGGGGUAUUUUCAAUCACAUAGUGCACUCUUUACUGAUACUACAAGACUUUUAGUAUUGAAAUUUGCAUACAUGGAGAAAACCACUGCUACCAUCAUAACUAAAGACUUGAUAUAUACAUAUAUGAACUGUUGUUCUGAGAUUGUUGCUUAUCAACUCUUCUGUUGUCAUAAUUAACCUUUAGAAAGACAGUAGGGUUGACUUUCUAACAAAUCUCUGGGGUCAUAACAGAUGCAAGGUUUUCUGCUACACAUACAGGGACUUCUAGGCAUUAUUCUUUGUUUUUCAGAUAAAUGAUCUUAUACUGUCAGUUUCUAAUCAAACAUUCAGAACUAGCUAAAGAAUGCAAAUAAUGGAACAUUCUUGAAAACAAAGGAUUUUUACAGCAAAAUGGAAGACAGGCACGACUGGAAAAAUCUCUAACCAGACAUUUUAACCACUGCCAUAAUGACAAACUGAUGUCAAUAACAUAUCACUAUCUGUGUUGAUAAAGUUUUAUAAUAUCAAAUUAACUGUGAUACACCUUUAAACUUUUAUCUGUGAUAAUUUAUUGUAACUUUAUAUAUGGUAUGUUCAAUUUUAUUAAACAAUUAUC